UGGACAAUAUCUGUUGAGAGGUUCGGUCUGGUAAUUGGUGGUGCUACAACUGAGAAGAGGUUCAAGCGGAGAAGAGACUACAUAAGAGGGCUUAUACCUGACAAUACGGUGGCAGAAUUGUUAGGUUUGGAGCUACCUAAAAGGAUUGUAAACCGGGCACUUG